AUGUCGAAGUGCAAUUUCACGACUGUGAAAAAGCAGAACACAGAGAGACAGAGAGAGAUAUGGAAGAAGAAGAAGAAGAAGGAAGCCUAGAAAGCUUGCUGAAAUGGGCUGCAGAGAUCGGAAUAUCAGACUCUCCAUCGUCAAACCGCCCUCCCUCCUCCUCCUCCUCCUCCUGUCUCGGUCAAUCUCUCUCCGUCUCACAAUUCCCUGACUCUGGCGGGAGAGGCUUAGCAGCUAUCCGUGAUCUUAGAAAAGGCGAAUUGAUCCUCAGAGUUCCAAAAUCAGCCCUAAUCACCACUCAAAUUCUACUCAAAGACCAGCCACUCUCUCUUUCCAUCAAUAAACACCCUUCUCUCUCCUCCACUCAGAUAUUGACUGUUUGUUUGUUAUAUGAAAUGGGCAGGAAAGAUUCUUGGUGGUAUCCCUACCUGAUGCAGUUACCCCGCUGUUACGAUACGCUACCAUGUUUUGGUCAAUUUGAGACACAAGCUUUCCAAGUGAAUGAUGCUAUCUGGGCUGCAGAAAAGGCCACAGUGAAGGCUGAAUUCGAUUGGAAAGAAGCUAUUUCCCUUAUGAAAGAACUAAAGUUAAAUCGUCGUCUCCUAACUUUUAGGGCAUGGCUUUGGGCUUCUGCAAGUAUAUCCUCCCGUACAUUGCAUGUACCAUGGGAUAAUGCUGGGUGUUUAUGCCCUGUGGGGGACUUGUUCAAUUAUGCUGCACCUGGGGAGGAGGACUUCGAUUCUGAAGACCCCUUUGUCUCUGAAGACUCAAGUAGUAGGAAAAAUGCCUCUUCCAUGCAAGUAAAUUUUUCAUGGAAUGGAGACACCACAGAACAAUUUGAUGUAGAGCAGAUUGAUCCAAAUUUACUGAGAUUAACGGAUGGUGGCUAUGAGGAUAAUGUCUCUGCAUAUUGCUUCUAUGCUAGAAGAAACUAUAAAAAAGGAGAGCAGGUCCUUCUAAGCUACGGGACAUACACAAAUUUGGAGCUUCUUGAGCACUACGGGUUUCUUCUAGAUAAAAACCCAAAUGAUAAGGCUUUUAUUCCCUUAGAACCUGAAAUUUAUUCGUUGUGCUCAUGGCCCAAGGACUCACUAUACAUUCACCCAAAUGGGAAGCCAUCCUUCACCCUACUCUCUGCUCUGCGGUUAUGGUUAACCCCUCCAAGCCAGAGGCGGUCUGUUGGACACCUUGUUUAUUCAGGAUCUCAACUAUCAGCGAAGAACGAGAUAAUUGUCAUGGGAUGGAUAGUGAAGAACUGCAAUGUAAUUUUGAACAAAUUUGUUACAUCAAUUGAGGAAGACAAGUUACUCCUCCGCACCAUUGACAAAAUGCAAGAUUUUUGUACUCCCGCAGAGCUUGAGAGACUACUGUCAGCAUUUGAAGGCGAGGCUCGUGUCUUUGCAGAAACCAAGGGUCUGAUCAAUGGAGAGACUGGUGUAAAUUUACUUCAAUCGAGGCAGAUGAGGAGAUACAUGGAUAGAUGGAAAUUGGCAGUUCAGUGGAGACUUGGGUACAAGAAAACCCUAGCUGACUGCAUUGCUUAUUGUUCUAAGGAAAUUGACAAAUUCUCUUCUGAAAAUGAUUCAACCAUGAUAAUUACUCAUAAUUCAAUGUGAAAAUUUUUGAUUUAUUUAUUUGA